AAAUCGACUGUAUAAUUUGAAAACAGGAUAUGUUCGGGACUGUGUUUUGAAACUAGGACAACUUUUUUCCUUAGGGACUUCUUUAAAAUAAAAAAUAAAAAAGGUUUCGAUUGUGGGUUAGCAUGUCCCAUGCAAGCAUGCACUUGUGAAAUGCACACGUGAAGCUGAGCUCUUUUCGUGUUACUGUUCCAGCCACAGAGUAGAUUUCAUGUUGCAAAUGCUCUCGAAGCACAACCUUUUUUCACACAAAGAAAUGGACAUUUUGCAGGGACCAUGUCAAUCGAACGAUACAUUUUUUUAUUAUAUAUAUAUAUACACACACAAGGUAUUAUCAAAAAGUUUCGAGUCUUGUUCUGUUUACAAGACUACACACUAUCAUCUUUAAAAUAGUCCUCUUGCACAGCAAUACAGCGUUCCUAUUGUUUCUGCCACUUCUGGAAUGUGUCCUGGACGUCUCCUUUUUGAAGCGUAUGCUUCUGCUAUUGGAUGUCCGCAGUGGUGUCAAAACGGCGACUUUUGAGCUGGAUCUCAAGCGGGGCGAAGUCUGAAGGAGCCAAAUCUGGCGAGUAGGGUGGUUGCGGAAGUUAGCAAGAAACUCACGUGUGAGGAGAGCUCGGUAACAGGGUACGCAUCUGUUCCGGAUAGCAGACGUGGUAACGCACGUGGUCAGAAUAGUUGCACAGCUUCCGAUGAACACAGGAUAUUGUCUUUUGGCGCACUGACUAACGAAGGUCGGUGCUUCCUGUGACUGUGCAUGCAGACUUUUGGUGUGUCACAAAACUAGUUUAGAAACUUUUUGAUACCACCUUGUGUAUAUAUGUAUGUAUGUAUGUAUGUAUAUAAUUAAUACAAUGAAUUUCACAUUUAGUGCAUUUCUGUAUGAAAAAGGGCAGGAUAUUAAGAACUUAUUUUUCUUAUACAUAUACUUCUAUCCUCUUAUCUGUUUUGUGAUUCAGUCCUGUAUGCUGGGAAGAUUAUUUCAUAAUAAUAUAACAAAUAUUGAAAGAUAAAGGUCUUAAGUCAGGAUAUUUUAUAGAUAAAUCUAUUGACAUUCAUUUGUUGUAGAUUUAAAACCACCACCACAAAGAGUGGGUUCAGAGGUUUGAGAUACGAUGUGUAUCAUAGCCGCUGUCCUGCCUUUUUUUUUUUUUUUUUUUUUUCUUUUGUUCUCCUGUGUUCAUUGUGAACCCUGCUACAGGGGCUGUCUUUCAUGCCAUAAGUGUCACUUUGUUGUAGAUGAGGGUGAGGGAUUUACAACCCCUGCACGGAUGGGUAACCUAGUAAGUACAGUCAAGGUGAGACUUCAGGUUCAAAGUGUGGACAAGCCCCUUUAUCGUGGAACAUACCACUGUUUCCAGUCUAUAAUUCAUCAAGAAUCUUUAUUUGGGCUCUACAAAGGCAUUGGCUCCCCAAUGAUGGGCCUGACGUUCAUCAACGCCAUCGUGUUUGGCGUGCAGGGCAACGCGAUGCGCAUGCUGGGCAAAGACACCCCUCUGAACCAGUUUCUGGCUGGCGCUGCAGCCGGGGCUAUCCAGUGCGUCAUCUGUUGUCCCAUGGAGCUCGCCAAGACUCGCAUGCAGAUGCAGGGCACCGGAGAGAAGAAGUCUUUGAGGAAGGUAUACAAGAACUCCUUGGACUGCUUAGUUCGCAUUUACAAAAAAGAGGGCCUCAGGGGCAUCAACCGUGGCAUGCUGACCACCGUUAUCCGCGAGACUCCAGGAUUCGGCGUGUAUUUCCUGUCCUACGACGUCCUGACACGUUCCUUGGGGUGUGAAGCCGACGACCUUUACAUCAUUCCGAAGUUGCUCUUCGCAGGCGGCAUGUCGGGGAUCGCGUCCUGGCUAUCGACGUAUCCAGUGGACGUCAUCAAGUCCCGCCUCCAGGCAGACGGCUUGGGCGGAGUUUACAAAUACAACGGGAUCAUGGACUGUGUCCAUCAGAGCUGGCAGAGGGAGGGCUGGAGGGUUUUUACUCGUGGUCUAACCUCUACUCUCCUCAGGGCUUUCCCUGUCAACGCCACUACGUUUGCCACGGUGACUCUGUUCCUCAUGUACAUGCGAAACGACGGCGGUGUCAAAGACUGCGAGCCUGAGCCUGUACAGCAAACGCAGCUCCAAACCACAAGCCUCUGAACUCAUACUUCACUCAGAAGAUUAAUAAAACAGGUUCUAUGGGCCGGUAUAGUAAGUAUCCGCUGUUUGUGGGAAUUCUAGUUCCCUUAUUACUAAUUCUACUAGAAACAGCAUCAGCAAAAAUUGUCCCAGUUUUAAAGUUUCAUGUAUUGUGAAGGGGGGAGGGAUUUGAGUGGGAAUUUUUCGAAAACAAUCCAAAGCAUGUUUUCACUGCGUUUUCUCUACAGUGAGGCAGGGUUAAUGCUGCUACGAUCCAUUUCUUAUUUUUGUACUGAAUGUUCUCAGGAUGAAUGUAAGGGUCCAGGAAUUUGGACUGAAUCAUGCUGGUAAGAGGGAAAUGUUUUGUGAACAAGCUAAAUCAUUAAUGCUAAGCAGUAUUAACUGACUGAAGGUCAAUGGGAGGGAAGUCUAGUUUAAAGAAAGACGGGUCCAAAACUGAGAUUACUCAGUCUUUCAGCACAAUUGACAAACAAAAAAAGAUCUCGCAAGCGUUUGCUGAAGUGGUUAUUCAUAUACUACACGGCCAAAAGCAUGUGAACACUUGAUACCUACAGUACAUGUCCUUAUUGAACAUCUCAAUCUAAUAUGGUCUCCUCUAUAGCAUCUAGAACUGACUCUUCUGCAAAGGCUUUCUAGUAGAUCUAGGGUUGUGGAUUUGGAGUUUAGUGAUCCUUCAGCCAAAAGAGCAUUAGUGAGACUCGUGAGAGACAGAUGGUGUGGAGGUUUGAGUGCACUCAGUGUUCCGGUUCAUCAUAAUCAGCGUGUCUCAAGUUCUUUCUCACAAAUGUUGCCAAACAUACAUCCUGCAGUUAUUUUUCUAGCAGACCCAUGCCCCCAAAAUGAGAUUUAAUGUAACUGUGGUUUUCAACAAAGCUUACAAAUGAAUGAGAGACGAGACGAGGAAUGGAAUUAUGAAAAAUGUUAGCCUGGAGGUGGAGAGCACGAUCAUUCUGCACCAUUUCCUAACAGCAGAUUACAGCAAUAGCAUUUUUUCUAUCUGCGGUCAAUGACACUGCUCUCCAGGACACAUGGAAAUGGUGGCCACAUGCAAUUGGAUUAGGACGUGUUACUGCCAGGGGUUUAUCUCGCUUUGUGCACUAGAGCAGGGGUCCUUAACCACCAGGGAGGUAGUAGCUCCGUGUUUAAGGCACCAGAUGGUCAUGAGUUCAAAUUCCACCAAGCUGCCACUGCCUUGAGCAAGGUCUUUAACUGUCAUCUUCUCACUUGCACGUCACUCUGGAUAAGCACCUAUGCCAAAUGCCAUGAAUGUAAACCACCAGGCCAUGGAAUCAUUCAGUUACCGAGCCGCACAAAAAAAGAUAAAAACAUUUAAUUGACCAUAUCUUGAUAGAUGAUUCCACCUGUGCUAAUUCCUGUCCUUUUUUAUAAAUUUUUUUUUAAUGCAUUGAUAAAUUAAGCUGCCAUUGAUUCUGUAUUAUGGUGCGUUCAGUUACAUUUACACUUAUAAAGAUACAUGUAAUAAUUAAAUCAUAGUAAUAUAAUAUGCACGUUAUUAUUUGUAGUUUUGAGCGUGAGCUCCCACCCACCUGAGUCCGUGGAAAAAAUCUUCCGUUAAACUGGUCUGUGGUUCAACAAAAGGUCGGAGACUUGAGCACUAGAGUACCGACCACAUACCCAGGUGUUCACAUGCUUUUGUCCAUGUAGUGCAUCUCGAAUGGAGUAAAAUUGUCUGUAGAAAACGGUGCUGCUGAGCUUCUAAACAAAUAUAUAUAUUUUUUUACUUUUGUUUUGAACAUUGCUUUCUACUAUUUCUGCUUUCUACUACUAUUGCUUUCAUUGCCUAAAAGUGCCACGUUAACAAAAACGUAAAAAAUCUAUAAUUACGAAUUUCGAAGUCAUUGCAUUACGAGAAAAAAAUCGACUCCGGCUGAAGUACCGGUGAGCAUGAACCGGUGUUCAUCUCCUUCAGGGUCGAUUUCUUCGAUCAUCAUUCUCAUAGAAACAGCAUCUCCUCUUCGAUAUAAACAUCGAUAUCCUUCAGACUGCAGAAAUGAGGCAAUUUUCUCAACGUCUGUCUGAUUUUUUUUCUUCUGAGUAAACCAAGUUUCCUACAAAAUCACUGCAGUGUCCGUUUAUAAAUUAAUUUCCUUACUGCUAAAUCACACAGGAUGUAACCAAACGAGCGAAACGUUUCUCUGUGAUUUUUCUUAAAACAUUACCACUUUAAUCUCAUAUUGCUGUGACUAUUUUCGAAGUCUAAAAUGUUUUUUUUUAACGUGGCACUAGUCGUAGUUUUCAGAAAUGCAUAGCUCUGGUUUUUUUCUCCUCUCCACUGCAACCAGCAUUCCACAGAAAGAACGGAUUCUGAUCUGACCUGAUUUAACCUCUCCACCUUCAGCUUACACCUUAAACUGGUUCACAUCUGGUUGGCUGAAACGUCUAAAUCAAAACAUUUACAUUCAGAGCAAUGCAAACGUCAUACGGUAUAAAUAUUCAUACGGUGAUUCUCGACUUUUUGUGUUCAAGUUGUAUAUUAACGAUGUACAUCUGUAGAACAAACCACAUCAGCUGGA